AAUCUAAACUUCUAAACACGGCCUGACGGCCACCUGCCAAAUUAUUCCAGUUUUGUAAGUUAGUAGACAAUGAUCAAUUCGUGUCCCGUUUGAACAAAGUACAUAAUUUACAAUGGAUUGGGUUAUAUCGGACGAAUUAUCCUUAACAGUAGGAACUGUUGUUGGUUGGAUAAGUGCCGGGGCUAUGAUAGUUGGGGGUGUCAUACCGUACAUUCCCCAAUACAGACAAAUACGAAAAACUAAAGAUGCAGAAGGUUUCUCGUUGUUAGUGUGUUUAGCUUUAUUAGUAGCUAAUACUUUAAGAAUAAUGUUUUGGUUUGGUAGGCAUUUUGAAUAUCCACUGUUAGUUCAAAGUAUGAUUAUGAAUGUCACUAUGUUUUUAAUGAUCCACUUGUGUGUACGGGUUAGAAAUAGAAAUCAGCUACUUCAGGCAAGACAAAGAAUAUUUACAGAUUUCGACGCGAAGUAUUUCUGGAACUGGACUGAUUUUCAAUCGUACCUGGACUGUAUUUUGAUAUUUACCAUAGCAACUUCAUUGUUGAUGUAUAUAUUUAUAGACUAUAUAAUCUUUGUUGAGACCGUUGGGUUUCUGGCGUUAUUUACGGAGGCGAUGUUAGGAACGCCCCAACUCAUGAAGAAUUACAGGAACAAAUCCACAGAAGGCAUGAGUAUAAGCAUGGUGGUGAUGUGGACGUGCGGUGAUAUAUUCAAGACUACAUAUUUUUUAUUGCGCGACGCUCCCGUGCAAUUUUGGGUGUGUGGUUCAAUACAAGUGACCGUGGACUUACUAAUAUUAUUCCAAGUAUGCCUUUACCGAGGGAAUGUGGAAUCGGCGCGGUCGAUACCCCAUCGUCUUGAUUGAGUAGUUAUUAUCUGGACCCAGGACGAGAAACAUCGCAAAGAAGUCAAAAGUGCCGAGGUAGCGAUCGUUAACGAGAAAAAAGUGGAUAAAAACAUUAAUAACGGUAAUACCGAGACUGAAAACAGUGAUCCUUUAAAACGCAGCGAUUCCAGCUGUAAUUCUAUUAGUAAUAAAGAUGCAGAAAAUAAUUGUAUCACCAGCGUUGAGGUGCAUACAGAAAACUGUUAUAAAUCUAGCAAGGCUGUUAGUAGAGAUAGUGAUGUAGAUAUUGUUAAUAAUGUAGAAAAGUUGACGGUAAAUGGUGUCAAAAAAACAACCACACAACACAUUCAGCACGUCUCUUACAAAGAACGCGCGAAAAACAAAGUUAAUAGACUCAUCCAUAGGCAUACGUUAUGACAUCUACUAAUUAUGGCUUCCAAACGAAACUUUAUGAAAUUUAUGCUUCCUUUUUAACUUUCUUCCCUUUGAAGCUACUUUCAAUUUUAAAUGGUAUUAAGUGACAGCCUGCAUUAUGUACGUUUAUUUUAAAAUGAUUUUUUAAACCGGCAACGAUAUGAAACUGAGAAAAAACUUGUUAUAAUAUACAGUCUUAGUCAAACUU